UCAGCCCGACCCCCCGGCUCAUUGUGCCUUCUCCUCACGCCGGCCCAAGAUGGCGGCGGCGCUAGACGCCCCGGGUCUGUGACUCCUAUAAAGAGGGGAGCUGGGGCCACAAGGCAGCGGCGGCCGAGGCACAGGCCGGGCCGUCCGUCCUCAGCCGUCCGCCCCGCGUCCACCCGAGUCCGCCCGCCUGCCUGCCUUCCCGCCGGCGGCCCCGCCCCUCCCCCAACCGCCCGCCUAGCAUGGUGCGGCGGCCGCGCGCGCCGACAUGGGCGAGAAGCUGGAGCUGAGGCUCAAGUCGCCUGUGGGCGCCGAGCCUGCCGUCUACCCGUGGCCGCUGCCGGUCUACGACAAGCACCAUGAUGCUGCUCAUGAGAUUAUCGAGACUAUCCGGUGGGUCUGCGAGGAAAUCCCAGAUCUCAAGCUGGCCAUGGAGAACUAUGUCCUGAUUGACUACGACACCAAAAGUUUUGAAAGCAUGCAGAGGCUGUGUGACAAAUAUAACCGGGCCAUCGACAGCAUCCACCAACUGUGGAAGGGCACUACACAGCCCAUGAAGCUGAAUACUCGGCCAUCCAAUGGGUUGCUGCGGCACAUCCUGCAGCAGGUAUACAACCACUCUGUCACUGACCCGGAGAAGCUUAACAACUAUGAGCCCUUCUCCCCUGAGGUGUAUGGGGAGACCUCCUUUGACCUGGUGGCCCAGAUGAUUGAUGAGAUCAAGAUGACUGAGGAUGACCUGUUUGUCGACCUGGGCAGUGGUGUGGGGCAGGUUGUCCUUCAGGUCGCUGCAGCCACCAACUGCAAACAUCACUACGGAGUGGAGAAAGCGGACAUCCCAGCCAAGUACGCGGAGACCAUGGACCGAGAGUUCAGGAAGUGGAUGAAAUGGUAUGGAAAAAAGCAUGCAGAAUACACACUGGAACGAGGUGACUUCCUCUCAGAGGAAUGGAGGGAACGGAUCGCCAACACGAGUGUUAUAUUUGUGAAUAACUUUGCCUUUGGUCCUGAGGUGGAUCACCAGCUGAAGGAGCGAUUCGCAAACAUGAAGGAAGGCGGCAGAAUCGUGUCCUCAAAGCCCUUUGCCCCUCUGAACUUCAGGAUCAACAGCAGGAACUUGAGUGACAUUGGCACCAUCAUGCGUGUGGUGGAGCUGUCGCCCCUGAAGGGCUCUGUGUCAUGGACUGGCAAGCCUGUCUCCUACUACCUGCACACCAUUGACCGCACCAUACUUGAAAACUAUUUUUCUAGUCUGAAAAAUCCAAAACUCAGGGAGGAGCAGGAGGCAGCUAGGCGCAGGCAGCAGCGGGAGAACAAGAGCAAUGCGACCACGCCCACCAAAGUCCCCGAGAGCAAAGCUGCUGCCACCGAGGCCCCCGUGGAUUCUGGUGCUGAGGAAGAAAAAUCAGGUGUGGCUACUGUCAAAAAGCCAUCUCCCUCCAAAGCCCGGAAGAAGAAACUGAACAAGAAAGGGAGAAAGAUGGCUGGCCGGAAACGCGGGCGGCCCAAGAAAAUGAGUGCUGCCAGUGCUGAGCGCAAGUCCAAGAAGAGCCAAAGCGCACUGGAUCUCUUACACUCUCCUCCCCCAGCCCCACCCUCAGCCUCACCCCAGGAUGCGUACAGGGCACCUCACAGCCCAUUCUACCAGCUACCUCCGAGCACGCAGCUGCACUCACCCAACCCACUGCUAGUGGCACCCACCCCACCUGCGCUGCAGAAGCUUUUAGAGUCCUUCAAAAUCCAGUACCUGCAGUUCCUGGCUUAUACGAAGACCCCACAGUACAAGGCCAAUCUGCAGCAGCUUCUGGACCAGGAGAAGGAGAAGAACACACAGCUGCUGGGCACAGCCCAGCAGCUCUUCGGCCAUUGCCAGGCCCAAAAGGAAGAGAUUCGCAGGCUGUUCCAGCAGAAGCUGGAUGAGUUGGGCGUGAAGGCGCUGACCUACAAUGACCUGAUUCAGGCCCAGAAGGAAAUCUCUGCCCACAACCAGCAGCUGCGGGAGCAGUCGGAACAGCUAGAGAAGGACAAUAGCGAGCUUCGGAGCCAGAGCCUGCGGCUGCUCAGGGCCCGGUGCGAGGAGCUGAGGCUUGACUGGUCCACACUGUCCCUGGAGAACCUGCGGAAAGAGAAGCAGGCCCUGCGGAGCCAGAUCUCAGAGAAGCAACGGCACUGCCUGGAGCUGCAGAUCAGCAUCGUGGAGCUUGAGAAGACCCAGCGCCAGCAGGAGCUCCUGCAGUUGAAGUCCUGUGUACCACCAGAUGAUGCUCUGUCCCUGCAUCUGCGUGGCAAGGGUACCCUGGGCCGUGAGCUGGAGGCUGACGCUGGGCGCUUACGCCUUGAGCUGGACUGUGCCAAGAUCUCCCUGCCACACCUCAGCAGCAUGAGCCCUGAGCUGUCCAUGAAUGGCCAUGCUGCCAGCUAUGAGCUCUGCAAUGCAGCUAGUCGGCCCUCAUCCAAGCAGAAUACUCCCCAGUACCUGGCCUCCCCUUUGGACCAGGAGGUCGUACCCUGCACCCCUAGCCACAAUGGCCGGCCUCGGCUAGAGAAGCUGUCUGGCCUGGCUUUGCCAGAUUACACCCGGUUGUCACCUGCCAAGAUUGUGUUGAGGCGGCACCUGAGCCAGGACCACACUGGGGCUAGCAAAGCAGCUACCAGUGAGCCGCACCCUCGGCCAGAGCAUGCCAAGGAGAACAGCCUUCCCUACCAGAGCCCUGGCUUGUGCAACAGCAUGAAGCUCAGCCCCCAGGAUCCACCGCUGUCUUCCCCCGCGACCUCGCCCCUCACCUCCGAGAAGGGUAGUGAGAAGGGUGUGAAGGAGCGUGCCUACAGCAGCCAUGGGGAGACCAUCACCAGCCUACCUGUUAGCAUUCCGCUCAGCACAGUACAGCCCAACAAGCUGCCCGUCAGCAUCCCACUGGCCAGCGUGGUGCUGCCCAGCCGGGCUGAGAGGGCGAGAAGCACUCCCAGCCCUGUGCCACAGCCCCGAGACUCCUCAUCCACACUUGAGAAGCAGAUUGGUGCUUCCGCCCAUGGCGUAGGGGGUGCUGGAGCAGGAAGCAGGAGCCUCACUGUGGCUCCCACAGGUUUCUAUGCUGGUUCAGUGGCCAUCAGCGGGGCCUUGGCCAACAGCCCAGCACCUUUGGCCUCUGGAAUGGAAUCUGCUGUUUUUGAUGAGUCCUCCGGCCCCAGCAGCCUCUUUGCCACCAUGGGGUCUCGCAGUACACCACCACAACACCCACCUCUCCUGUCACAGUCCCGCAACUCGGGUCCUGCCUCUCCUGCCCACCAACUCACAGCCAGUCCCCGCCUGAGUGUGACCACCCAGGGCUCGCUGCCAGACACCAGCAAAGGGGAACUGCCUUCUGAUCCUGCCUUCUCAGACCCAGAGAGCGAAGCAAAGAGGAGGAUUGUGUUCAGCAUUUCAGUUGGUGCCAGCUCCAAGCAGUCACCUUCCACCAGGCACAGCCCCUUGACCUCUGGCACCCGAGGGGACUGUGUGCAGAACCACGGGCAGGACAGUCGUAAGCGUAGCAGAAGGAAGCGUGCAUCAGCUGGAACGCCUAGCCUCAGCACGGGUGUAUCUCCCAAGCGCCGGGCUCUGCCAACUGUUGCUGGCCUCUUUACACAGUCCUCGGGGUCUCCUCUUAAUCUCAACUCCAUGGUCAACAACAUCAACCAGCCCCUGGAGAUCACAGCCAUCUCAUCCCCUGAGAGUUCCCUGAAGAGCUCCCCCACCCCCUACCAGGAUCAUGACCAGCCUCCAGUGCUCAGGAAGGAGCGGCCCCUAGGACCAACUAACGGGGCCCACUAUUCGCCACUGACCUCAGAUGAGGAGCCAGGCUCUGAGGAUGAGCCCAGUAGUGCCCGAAUUGAGAGAAAAAUUGCAACAAUCUCUUUAGAAAGCAAGUCUCCCCCAAAGACACUGGAAAAUGGUGGUGGCUUGGUGGGAAGGAAGUCGGUCCCCUCGAGCGAGCCUAUCAACAGCAGCAAAUGGAAGUCCACCUUCUCACCCAUCUCUGACCUCGGCUUGGCUAAGGCCGUAGACAGUCCACUGCAGGCCAGCUCUGCUCUGAGCCACAGCCCCCUGUUCUCUUUCCGGCCGUCCCUGGAGGAGUCUGCUGCUGAGGCCAAGCUCCCCACCCACCCAAGGAAAAGCUUUUCAGGCUCUCUGGGUGCAGCUGAGGGGCCAAGCCCUGGCACCAACCCUCCCAAUGGCCUGGCCUUCAGCGGGGGCCUUGCUGCAGACCUCGGUUUACACAGCUUCAACGACGGUGCUUCCCUUUCCCACAAGGGCCCCGAUGUGACUGGCCUGAGUGCCUCCCUGAGCUUCCCGUCCCAGAGGGGCAAGGACAGUACCACAGAGGCCAACCCGUUCCUCAGCAGGCGGCAGCCCGAGGGCCUGGGUGGCUUGAAGGGUGAGGCCAACGCAAGCAAGGAGUCAGGAGAGAGCCUACCCCUGUGUGGGCCCUCGGACAAGGCCUCACUGCCACAUGGCAGCAGGGCCAGCAAAGGCCGUGACCGAGAGCUGGACUUCAAGGGCGGCCACAACCUCUUCAUCUCUGCUGCAGCCGUACCUCCAGGUGGCCUCCUUGGUGGCCCUGGUCUUGUAACUGUGGCUUCCUCUGCGGGCAGUGCAACACCCGCUGCCCAGGCUCCCCGGCCUUUCCUGAGCACCUUUGCCCCUGGGCCCCAGUUUACUCUGGGCCCCAUGUCCCUGCAGGCCAACCUGGGCUCUGUGGCCGGCUCCUCUGUGCUGCAGUCCUUGUUCAGCACUGUGCCAGCUGCUGCAGGCCUGGUGCACGUGUCAUCCACUGCGACCCGACUGACCAACUCUCACACCAUGGGCAGCUUCUCUUCUGGGGUGGCCGGCGGAACCGUUGGAGGUGUCUUUACCCAUGCGGUGCCCUCCGCCUCUGCUCACCCGUUUGGAGCUGGUGUCGGCAGCGGGGCUGUGUGUAGCAGUGCCACGCUGGGCCUGAGCCCGCUGCAGGCGGCGGCCAGCACCUCGGCUUCUUCCUUUCAGGCCGCGGCUUCGGUCGAGACUCGGCCGCCCCCUCCACCUCCCCUACUUCCUCCUCAGCAUAUCGGCCGGCCCUCUGCGGGGCCACCUGUCCUUCAUGCACCCCCUCCUCCUAACGUCGCCUUGCCUCCUCCACCUGCGCUGCUGGCUUCUAACCCUGAGCCAGUGCUUCUGCAGAGCCUGGCCUCCCUCCCGGCUAACAACGCUUUCUUACCCCCCUCCUCUGCCGCCUCUCUGCAGCCUGCUAAUGCCUCUCUAUCUGUCAAGCUCGCCUCCCUCCCACACAAGGUCUCCCGCCCCUCCUUCACGGUGCACCACCAGCCCCUGCCCCGGCUGGCCCUGGCGCAGGCCGCGCCCGCCGCCCCACAGGCCAGCACCUCGGGGCCAUCUGCUGUAUGGGUUUCCCUUGGCAUGCCGCCUCCUUAUGCCGCGCACCUUUCAGGGGUUAAGCCUCGAUAAAGACCUUGCUUAGCUAGCAGUUCAUAUUUUGUAAGGUAAUUAGGACUUCUACUACCUCAGCCACAACCUAUGCAAGGACGGUGUGGACCAAGCCUGCUGCCUGCCAGGCCGGCGGAGCCGGACAUGGAGCCACUGUGAAUCGGCGGCACCGCAGGAGGUGCUGGACUGGUCCAGUUUGUACUGUCAAUAGUUUUAGAUAAAGUAUUUAUCGUUAAUUUUUUUUUUUAAGUAUAAGCAAUUCUGACUUACUUUAUUCCAUCAAAGUCGUCCAAGGCAACCUCUUGAGACGUCUAAGUGUCUGUGAGAGAGAAUGAUAUAAAGACUUGGCCUGCUGGGCCGGCCUCCACGAGGUCCCCUGACUCCGUCCCGGUGCUAUCUCACCAGCAAGCCCAUGCCUGCCCAUCUCCACCUCUGCCCUGGGUGCUGCCCCAAACAUGGACUGUGGCCAGUUUUCAGAUGCGCCUCCAACACCUUGUUCUGACACCAAAGGCACGCCUGGCAUGCCUGAUGGGGGCUGAAGCUCGGUCCCCUCCUUGGAACUUGCCUGCUGUCACUGUGAACACCCCGCUGUUAACCCUGUGGCUUUGGGCGUGCCUUUGUAGUGGGUGCAGACUGGGCUGGGACAGGAAUGGGGGUUCCCAGCUGGGCUGAGUGGUGCUGACAGGUGAGGGCCACUACUGCAGGGCUCGGUGGCUCUUGUGACAAGUGCAUUUACUUUGUAUUUCUUUGCUUUUCUGGCUCGGGGCAUGCUGGUCAGGUGAUGUGGGGCUGGCCCAAUGUGGGUCCCCUGGCAUCUGUGUAUAAGAGAGUCACAUGAUCAGUGACAGUAUUUUAUAGAGAUUUGAUGGAGAUUUAUAAAUUUCAUAGACUUGACUGCAUUUAUUUUUAGAUUGUAUAAUGCACAGUGAACUUUAAAGGAAAGAAAAGUGAGGAGGAAAAAUACUUUUAUUUAUUCAAAUGCACAAAAAAGAAAAAAAUGGCACUGGCCAGGGACCCUGCAGGAGUGCGGUCCAGAUGUGCUGGGCUGCCCAGGGCUCUGGUCACUGUGGGCAUCGCCUGCCUGUGUCUAGGAGUUGCUUCCUGGUCUUGGGGAUAGGUGCACUGGGAGUGACUGCAGAGGUCAGGACUGACUUGAUUUUCUGAGAUGGUCCUGACUGCCCUCAAUGUUGCUCACUUUCAGUGGUGGGUUGGUGGGCUAUGAGGGGAGAGGCCAUGUUGCCCCACCCUCACCCCAACCUACUUCCCAAAGUAGUUGUGAAGACGGUGCUGGUGUCCUCUCCCACCCCCAUCCCACCCUGCGAUGGUGCUCAUGUUUGGCAGGCCUGUUUCUGUGCACCACAGCUAACUAAGGUGCUGCAGAACGGGGUGGCCGAAACAAAAGCUAGCAAAUCCCAGGCCUGGAACAAAUCCCGAGUGAACACUGUACACACCGCCCUCCUGGCGGCUGCUGCUCCAGCAGUUGCUGCCUCCUCCUUACUUGAGUGUUAGGGGACAGACACUGCAUGUUCAUGGCCCAGUGGGCCACAGGUGCUCCAGGCACAGCUGCAAAGUCCUUUCCUGAGCCCAUAAGAAAUGGAACCCACAGUAAAUUGACCAUGGUGCAUGGUGGCCCAGACACCCUGUAACUGAUGGGCCUAGUACAGGGUAAGGCUGCCUCAGUCAUCCUUGCCACUCUAACCCAAGGUUGCUGCAGGGCUUUGAGCUCAGGAACCGAUAGAAAGCCCUACAGACUGGGACCACCACUCCCCCCCCCUAGACCAGAAGGGACACACUUCCCAGUUCCCAUCCUCAACCUACAUAGCUUUUUUGACAGCCUGGCCUGUUUGUAACUUGAUGCAGCAUCGCUCUGUCUUGUAAUGACCUCUGUACUUAAUGGGUGCAUUGUUCUCUUCCCUUGGUUUCCCCAAGGCAUCUCACACAUUGUUGCUGCCUCUAGACACAGUAUAAUAAAUAAAGCCGUUUUCACUUGAG